AUGACAACAAAUUUUAACUCAGAUUCUUUUAAAACGUUGGAUAAUGGAUCGAGUUUCAGAUCUAGAUUAAAUCAUUCGGAUACAACAAAUUUGGAGAAAUCUAAUUCAGUUUCAAUGGAGAAGAGUGAUGAUUCUCUAUCUCUAUUCAUUCCUGAUGAUGUAAUUGAAAAUUGUUUGGAUGAAUGGAAGUUCAGUUUAAUCGGGAGAUUGAAUUUGGUUAAAUUGAAAAUGGAAACACUUGAAACCUCAUUAAGAAAGCAAUGGAAUCUUAAAGGUAAUCUGCAACUUAUCCCAUUAGGUAAGGGUUUCUUUGUUAUUAAACUAGAGAAUUCAGAUGAUAGAAGUUAUAUCUGGAAGGGUUAUUGGAUUGUAGAAGAACAAGAGCUUAAUCUAAGUGCUUGGGAACCUAAUUUUAACCCAGAGAAUAAAAAAACUUUAAAAUCUUUUGUAUGGGUAUAUUUUCCUGGGUUAAGUAUUGAGUACUGGAAGGAAUCCAUAUUGUUGCAGAUGGGUAAUAAAAUUGGAAGAGCCAUUAAAGUUAAUGAAACUACUUUAAAAAGACAAAGUGGAUAUUAUGCAAGUGUCUUAGUAGAAGUUGAUCUUGUGAAUUAUAUCCCUAGCAAAAUUAUGGUUGAAUCUAAGUAUGGCAAAUUUGAGCAGUGUAUUCAGAUUCCAAAGCUCCCCAAAUAUUGUAUCCAUUGCAAAAAUAUAGGGCAUUAUGUGGCUGAGUGUAGGAUUCAAAGGAAAAACCAAGAACAAGAGGUACAGUCUUCAGAGAUUCUAAAAAAGUUUGGAAAAAAAAAGACAAUUCCUCCAAAAGUAGGAUUUGAUAUCUGUAAUUCUCCAAAGGAAAAAUGUCAGGAAACUCCCAAAUCAGUAUGGCAAGUUGAAAAAACAGUGGAAGCUACUACUCAACAAACUGCUAAAAUUGAUAAUUGCUUUUCUUCUUGUUCCAACUUGGAAAAAGGAAAAAACCAUGAAGAUGAUGAUGUUACUUUAGUUGUUUCUCCAAUUCAGAAUAAUACUCCUGCACUUAACAAAGAAAAAGGUUUCACUGGUCUUUUGGAGUCCCCAAGUGAUUUUCCUUCCUUAUCUGUAGACAAGCUUAUUGAUGUGGGUGCAAGUAUACAAAAUAUACUUUCAGUUAUUGAAACUCCUGCAAUCCUAGAGCAGGGAUGGAAGGAAGUACCUGGUUCCAUUGCUAAAUUCAAGAAUGCUGAUAACAAUAUAAAUUCAGGUAAAGAUUUUGCUUCUCCUAGUAAAUUUCAAGUCCUUGUUGAAGUUGCAGAGAAACAUGAACAUAUUUUUUCUAAAGUGAUUAGUAAACCUGUUAAAGGAAGAUUGGUUAAACCUAAUGUGAUCACUAGGAAACAAGCAAAUACUUCAGUUAAGUCUAAUUCCAAUUUGGGAGGUACUAGUACUUCUCAAUCAAAUCUUUCUUAA